UCUGACGACGACUAUGUACCUUAUAUACCUGUUAAAAAAAGAAAGAAGCAGAGACUUGAAGCCAUCAAAACAUUAGCAACGAACAAAUCCAAUUAUAUGACGUCAAAAUUACAAAAGAAUGACAACCACGACGGCCAAAAUGACAGUGACACAGAUAUCGCUACCUAUCAGAUGCUGGGGCCGAAAUCUCACAUCAGUUUGCUAGACCAACAUAGCCAGUUGAAACUAGAAGCCCAAGCUCGUAAGGAAACGGCGAGGGAGAAACAGUUGAAGGAAGAGGAGAAGAUCCUAGAAAGUGUGGCCGAAAAAACAGCCCUGAUGGGUGUUGCUGAGUUGGCGAAGGGUAUCCAGUAUGGUGAUUCUAUAAAAACUAGUUGGAAGGUCCCGAAAUACGUCCUGGCGAUGCCCCCGUCGAGACACCAGCGCGUCAGGGACCGACUUCGCAUACUGACCGAGGGUGAAGAUAUCCCUCCACCCCUCAAGACGUUCCAGGAGAUGAAAUUUCCAAAAGUGAUGAUCCAAGCCCUUAAGAAAAGGGGCAUAUUGAAGCCGACCCCCAUUCAAAUUCAGGGCCUGCCUGCCGUCCUAUCGGGCCGUGACAUCAUAGGCAUUGCAUUCACCGGGUCCGGCAAAACACUCGUGUUCGUGCUUCCUCUGGUCAUGUUCUGCCUGGAACAGGAAAUCAAUCUGCCAUUCAUCAGAAAUGAGGGACCUUAUGGACUGAUCAUUUGUCCAUCGAGGGAGCUGGCUAAACAGACAAACGACAUAAUUGAGUAUUUUUUCAACCAGCUUGCUUCACACGGUCAGCCGGAGUUGAGGUGCUGUUUGUGUAUUGGAGGAUUUCCCAUCAAGGAUCAACUUGAAACUAUUAAACGAGGUGUUCACGUAGUCGUGGCAACACCAGGAAGACUGAUGGACAUGCUGGACAAGAAGAUGAUCAGUCUGUCAAUUUGCAGGUAUCUGUGCUUGGAUGAAGCGGACAGAAUGAUUGACAUGGGCUUCGAAGAAGAUGUCAGAACGAUCUUCUCAUACUUCAAGGGCCAACGACAGACACUCCUCUUCUCUGCCACCAUGCCCAAAAAGAUCCAAAACUUCGCCAGGAGUGCCCUGGUUCGCCCGGUCACCGUCAACGUCGGUAGGGCUGGGGCCGCUAACUUGGACGUUAAGCAAGAGGUGGAGUACGUUAAACAGGAGGAAAAAAUGCCACACAUAUUGAACUCACUGCAGAAAACACUGCCUCCGGUACUGGUAUUUGCCGAGAAGAAACAGGAUGUCGACGCAAUACACGAAUACCUGCUUCUGAGAGGUAUCGACGCCGUAUCUAUACACGGGGGCAAAGACCAAGAGGAGCGCUCGGUUUCAGUUCAACAAUUCAUCAGUGGCAAGAAAGAUGUCCUUGUCGCUACAGAUGUCGCUUCUAAAGGUCUAGACUUCCCGAACGUCCAGCACAUCAUCAAUUAUGACAUGCCUGACGACAUCGAGAACUACGUGCACCGGAUUGGUCGAACAGGCAGGUGCGGAAAGACGGGGGUUGCCACCACAUUUGUCAACAAAACAUGCGAGGAGUCCAUAUUACUGGAUUUGAAGCACCUCCUAAUCGAAGCCAAACAAGUGGUACCGGAAUUCUUGGCCACCAUGGAAACGGAAACAGAGCAAUACUUAAACAUCGGAGGUGAGGUCGGCUGCUCGUACUGCGGUGGGUUGGGCCAUCGAAUCACGGACUGCCCCAAACUCGAAGCCAUACAGAACAAACAAGCCCAGAACAUCGGUAGAAAGGACUACCUCGCUUCUGGCGCUGCCGACUGGUAA